GUGACGUCGACCGAAGCUUCCGGUCACAUGUUUCACACCCGGUAGAGGCGGUGCAUUGUGGUCCGGCGUUUGUCCUUGAGGGAAGUUGGAGCGAUAUGAGCGGCCUGGGAGUGCGGGGCCUGCGGGCUUUUCAGCAGCUUUCACAGCGAACCUUCAGCACUGCAGUCCGCAGGCGAGUGGAGAAUAGGGUUCCUGAGAAGCAGAAGAUAUUCCAGGAGGACAAUGGGAUGCCGAUUCACUUAAAAGGCGGUGUGAUGGAUGCUGUGCUCUACAGGCUAACCAUGGGCCUCACUGUUGCGGGUGCAGCCUAUGUUGUGUACGAACUCGUCACAAUUGCCCUGCCCAAGAAGAAGUAGCGUCAGCUCUUGGACAUGCCUAACUCUUCGUUUUAUUCCACAACCCUGUCCAACUGUUCAACUGUAAAUUAUCAGGGACCCACCCUUUCGAAUGACAGUUCACGCUUAUGGGAACAGUCAUUUAUUUGAUGAUAAGGCUUACAUAACUAAAAUAAAAUGAUUUAUCACGUG